GAACAGGAACAUGAACAGUUUGGGUUGCCAAGUGAAAAAAUAACCUAGCAUCACCUCCAUCCUGCCGCCGCCGCUCGCUUCCCCAGCACGACCGCGUGUGAAACUGCAUGCGGAGGCGCUCAAUCACCGCACUGGAGUGAGGGAAGAGGAUCCCGGGCAGUAUUCAGUUCUGCUUGAAGCUGUUGGGCGCAAGAUGGAAGCCGUCUUCUUUGGAGAUCUGGAGCCAAGCUGCAAACAUUGCUCGCACAAGAGGGGAGCUGUGCGGCUGAGGUCGAGGCCAUUGUGGGAUGCUCGUCGCAACCAAGCUAUCUUGCAGCCCACGCGGCGACAAUCGUCAGGGACGACAGCAGCAGCAGUGGGUAAUUCUUGUGCGUCCCUCGCUGGUGCAGGCGAGGUGAGCGGAUGCGCCAUCGUCUCAGGGUGGAAGAGGAGACACCAUGUUGGGAAUGCGCCUCCCGAAAGGGCACUCAACUCUGCUCGCAUCACACCUCUGGAGAGGACCCUACGCAAGUUCCCAGCCAGGCCAAAUGGCGAGGUCAUUUUGCCAGAGGUGGGGGCUAGCUUCGAUUCGAUUGGCGAGGUUUACGACUUCUACAAUCUAUACUCGUGGGAACGGGGUUUUGGAGUGAGGUACGGGAAAAGCCGGCUAAAUGUCAAUCGAGUGAAAUGUAUGCAAGAAAUAGUAUGCGGUUGUUCGGGGAAGCUGAGAGCGACAAACUCACACUCCACCCGUUGCCUAUGCCCAGCUCUCAUUUGUUUGCUACGUUCCAAGGAUAAGGGGUGGUACAUUUGCGAGCACCGAGAGAACCACAGUCAUGAGUUGUCUGCCUCAUUUGGCGAGCGGACGCAUUGGCCGUUCCACAGGCACAUUGACAGCUACACUAAAGAUUUGUGCAGAGAGAUGGAGGUGGCUAUUGGGAAUGUUCUGACAGCACUAAGCAUUGAUGGUGCAAAUGGCACGUGUUAAGGAAAGCCAAGAAGAGGCUAGGGGCCUGUAUGGGAAAAACAACCAGUUCAAGGUUGAUUUUCACUGGAUUGUGAACUAGAUGCUCACAAAGGAGGAGUUCGAGGGGUGCAUGGAUGCAGAUGCUAAGAACGUACGCCUUGGAGAAGAAUCCAUAUUUGUACCAAAUAUAUGAAACAAGGGACAAAUGAGCGAAGCCUUACUUCAGUGGAAUCUUCUGUGUGAGGAUGAUCAGUACUCAACGAAGCGAAAGUGCGAACCACAUGUUGAAGACACACAUGCCCUCCGGCUCGGCAAUGCACGUGUUUGUGAAACACUUUAACAAAUUUCUUUACGACCGGGAUGCAGAGGAGAGCUUCCAGGAGAAGAGGACUCGACUGGGUGGAGUGGUUUACAAAGUUGGCGAACCCAUGGAGAAGCACGCUGCAAAGAUAUAUACCCGAACUAUAUUCGAGAAGUUUCAGGAAGUCCUAUAUAAGUAUGGGUCAUACUACGGCGACGAAUUGGUUCCGGGAGAGAUAUACGUGGCAAAACAUUUCGGUAGCGAGAGCCUAGAGAAGUGGCGCAAGGUUGAGUAUAAGUUGUCGGUCAAGGACGGCUAUUGUGCGUGUGAGUGUGGUAUGUACGAGCACAUGGGGAUGCUCUGCUGCCAUGUUGUUAAGGUACUUGUCCACCUCAGGUGCACGGAGAUCCAUGCCCCACAUGUGAUGAAGAAAUGGACAGUGGACGCGCGGAAUGUUUUGCCACUCCACCUGGUGCAGUACCAGAAGGACUAGGGCCUGGUGACAUCUACAGCUCCAGGCAUUCACAGCUCUACCUCAACUGCAUGGAGGUGGUGAGGCUAGGGGAUGUAAAUGUUGAUGCCUACACCACGGCAAUGGAGUCCAUCAUGUUCUUGGUGCCGAAACUUAAGCUUGUCGCGGUCGAGGCGGAUGGCUUAGGGCUAGAGCAGAGCCUCAGCGCGAAGAAAGCUCGAGUGGAUAUUGGUCCUGCUCAUUUACUCAUGGAGCAAGCCACCGGUUCGAAGGACUGCGGUGCAGCAAUCAUCCUGGACGCAGCCCUUCUAGCGCCAUCGGAGAACAAAAGCAGCGCUAGGCCAACAACUAGCCGGGACAAGCCGCCGUACGAGACAACCUUGAAGAGGACAAGAUUCUGCACUAUCUGCAAGCAGCCGGGGCACAAGAGCACUACGUGCGCCGAUCACCCGCCAGGAGCUGCGAAGCCUCGGAAGGAGGCAAAAUGCUCGAACUGUGAUCUGCCAGGUCACCGAAAGACUAGCUGUAUCAAACAAGCAGCAGCCAUGUAGCGCGGGGCGGCAGGACCCUGAUCUUCGUGUUGAUCCCCUUAUAUGUAGGACUGGUUUUAAUCUAAGCCAGAAAACAUAAUAUGUAUCGGUUGUGUAAUAUGUAAGAAUUUAAUUGGGAAACUCACU